AUGACUUCUCUGCUGGGCCUCGCUGUAUUGGCAGUAACUCUGGCAGGACCAGCCCUGGCCUUUGUCCCGAUUGGGGGUGGGGGCUCCACUCAUGUCUCUAUCACUGGGACGGCCAUGCUACAGAAAGUUAUGGAGACAUGCAAAGCAGUGGCGGCAGACAAUGGUUAUGAUUUCAACCCAACGGGUAACUCUCCUGAAGAGAUAGUACAGGCCUGUCUGGGUCCCACUGCUACAGGUGAUGUGUCUGGGGCCAAGUUUCACUCAGCUCUCCAGGAAAUCUACAUGCAGAAUGGCUUAGUCGACAGAGACUUUGUCAAUAGUGCCCCUCAUCACUUCAACUCUGAGGCGUUCCUUGAGGGGAGGAGUCUGAUCACUGAGGGAGUAGCGGCCAUAAAAGCGAACAUUCGAAAUGAGAACUUCCAGGCAGCCAGAGAGACUUUGGGCAAGAUACUUCACACUCUACAGGACUUCUACAGCCACAGUAACUGGGUGGAGCUGGGUCACAAAGAACCAUAUCUCAGUCUCAUUCGACAAGAUCUUCCUAUAGAAAACAUAGCAGAUAUAAGCACUCCUACCUGCAGUGAUUGUGCCGGAGGAACUUGUGGCAAUCAAAUCCUUUCCAACAUCCUGAAUCAGGGGAAGCUGACGUCCGGAUACAUGGGAAUCUUCUCAAAUGCAAAACCCUCUGGUAAAUGCAGUCAUGGUGGCCCAUCGGACCUGACCAGUCUUGCAGUUCCUCGUGGGGGCAUUCACAAAGACGAGCGACGAACUGACAACCAGGAAAACCACGACGCAGCGGUGAAUGUUGCCACGGCAGCUACACUACAGCUACUGGAAGACAUUCGCCUGGCCGCCGGUGACAAUGACUUUCUCAGAAUGUUGGGCAUUGCUCGCUCCUCGGUUGUGUGCUUUGUCAUUGACACAACUGGCAGCAUGUCGGAUGAUAUUGAAGAAGCCCGGAAGGUGGUAUAUGAAAUCAUUGACAGUAAAAAGGGAACGCAGGAUGAACCAUCUGAGUAUAUUUUGGUGCCUUUCAAUGACCCUAAAUUUGGACCUGUUACCAAAACAGUAGAUCCUGAGAUCAUGAAAAUGGAAAUUUCAAAACUUAAGGCACAAGGAGGUGGUGAUGAGCCUGAGAUGUGUUACUCGGGUAUUCAGCUGGCCUUGACAACUGCCCCCUCCUACUCAAACAUCUAUGUUUUCACUGAUGCUUCGGCCAAAGAUGCCAACCUCAAAGAUACACUUAUUGCUCUAAUCAGAACAACCAAGUCAACGGUGAACUUUUUCAUGACAAACCUUAGAAGACGACGUCGCUCAACAAGAGGGGGAACAUUUAACGACUACAAAGACCUGGCUCUGGCUUCAGGAGGACAGGCCAUUCAAGUAACCAAGGGCGAGCUACCACAGGCCACUGAUAUCAUCCUGGACACAUCCACAUCUGCUCUGGUGACAGUUCUUCAACAAGACAGGAACCCUGGAAAGCCAGACACAUUCUCAUUCAGUUUGGAUGAUUCCCUGAAAAACAUCACCAUCUACAUUACUGGCACAUCUAUUAGUUUUACACUGAAAAAUCCUGCUGGUGUGACCCAAAGUAGCAGCCAAACUACUGGUGCCCUGGCAACUAUUAAACCAGUUGGAAACCUUUGGCGCAGUAGUUUAAAUGCUGAUAGAGCUACAGGAACCUGGCAGAUCAACAUCACAUCUAACAACCCAUACACAGUCAAAGUAACAGGUCAGAGUACCAUUGCCUUCAUCUAUGAUUUCGUAGAAAAAUUUGAAGGCCCUCACCCAGGAUACUCUGUACUAACAGGACGCCCACAAGAAGGUCAGCCUGCCAACCUGAUGCUGCCUGUAAUGGGUAGAAAAGGCCCCAGUUCUCUGAAAAUAAAGGAAGUCAGUUUAAUUACGGUGUCCAGCUCUGGCUCUACCAAUGCUACGAUCUCUGACAUGGGGAAUGGAGUGAUCCUGGCCACUGUCCCACUUGUGCCCAAAGAAGAGUUUGUGGUUCGUGUGAAAGGAAUAGAUACAGUUUCAAACACAGAGUUUCAGCGACAGUCCACCACUCAGAUGUCUGUCUCUAAAGUCAACAUCCAGGCCACUGUAUCCAGCAGUAUGGAGCCAGGUAAAGUAUUCACACUGCCCUUUAGUGUCUUUACAAAUGGUGCUGGAGGCCAAUAUAAAAUCAAUGCUCGAAAUGACAGGGAUUUCUCAAUGACCUACCCAAGCAGUCUCAGUUUGAUUCCGGGACAAUACACCAAUGCCACGUUGACCAUAACGCCCCCUGCUGGCACAAUCUCAGGCACAGACGUCACCUUGACACUGGAUGCUUCUCUAGGCUCUGACUCCAAUUAUGUUGUUCUGAGACUCUCUGUUCUUGAAAAGAUUACAGAUUUCUACCCGCCCUUGUGUGAAAUCAUCAGUGUACAAGUCGCUUGUCCCGACGAUCUGUCUCAGUGCCAUAGUUCUGCGUGGGAACUCGUGGCGAACCUCACAGACGGAAACGGCACCGGCAUCGACAGCGUGAAACUGCAACAGGGCAACGGGAAUCUCACCGAAGUCAACCACGGAGAUCCUGCUCAGUACCGAUACAACGCCUCCUGCUGUUCACAAGUGGUAGAAAUUGUAGCUGUUGAUAAAAUUGGAAAUGUUGGAAAAUGUUACCACUCCAUCGAACGCAGCGCAAGUGCUCCUGCUGAGAGACUGUCUGUUCUGGUGAUGUUGUCGCUUUUGUUUUCAGUGUUUAUUGUCAGGCCAAAUUAAUAAACGUACAGACUAUGUAAAUGUUAAUAUGCAGCGCUGUGGACCAAAGAUUUUUGCAGGAUGAUAGACAAAGGAUUAAAGUUAAUAUAUUUGACAUAUAUUAAAUAUUGCAAAUAUAUUUUUCAAAAAUGAUUGACUCACGUUGACUAAUUAAAGAUUUGGAAUGGUUUUCCCCUCAAACAAUAACUAAGCUCUGAACAUGUAAACAGGGUUGUCAGG